CGGUUAGUGGCACUCGGACCUGUGAAGUGGUUGUGGGCUAGGGCUGCUACGGAUGAUAGAUAUAGCUGAUCGCCCCGACAAACUCGCCUUCAUCCCCACACACAGCACUUGACGGCCGCUCUGUGUCCAUGAACGUCGCACACACCUCGUUUAUCUUCCUGCUGUUGACCACCCUUACCUGUGUCUUGUUGUCCGCCGCCGCUGCGGCGACAGCAUGCGAUGGCAUCAAGCAUUCAUCCACUAGAAGCAUAAGCCCUACCAAUUGUACCGUCUGCAGCGACAAUCCAAGCCCAGGUCAGCUAAGAAUCGAACCACGCUGCUACGUCCAUCACUCUGACACAUUGUUGAUAUACCAGAGGAGCCUAUUCGAUUCCGUGAAUGACGACCCCUCGCUCCCACCCCUGCUAUACCCCAUGGACACGCAAGUCUGCCACGCACCGCCCGCGAUGCUGCCACUAGUCGUGCCUCACCGCAACCGCCCUCCGCACCCAGCGUCCUCCGCUGUCAUCUCCGUCCCACCUGACGGAAACGAGAGCAGCUCGCAGCUCGCCGCCCUCCUCCGGGCGUGCAGCCUGUGGGAGCUCGUCAGCCUCGCCUCUGCGGUGGCGUGGCUCUUCGUGUGCAUCGCCACCUAGCUAGCGCGAGGCCCGGGGCGCGGACGCGGACAUCCUCGUUAUGUGAAGAUGGCCGCGGGCGUGGGCGGAGAUGACACGGGGCGUUGGAGCGUACAUAAUGAUCCGCUUUCCGUUCGUGCUGCAGCUGCAGCCCGGGCAGGCGCACCACGUUUUCCCCAUGUAUUAGCACUGUAUUGCCUCUCGGCCUUCUCCCCGCGCGAGUCUGUUUUCUUACCCUGGUGCGCGUGGUGAUCGGUGCGCAGCCAACGUGUAUCCCC